UACUUUGCUAUUCUUUCUGGAGUUGAACCCAACGCCCUAUCACGGCGGGAUCUUGAUGAGAACCUGAUUGACGCUAUUAAGGGAUUCAUACUUAAUUCUUCUAAAGGACUCGCGGAAAUCACGACACCUAAGACGCAGAAAGUUCAGUUUAUUCAUGAAUCAGUACAGGAAUUUCUCUUAAAAGAAAACAGGCUAGAAAACAUUCCGCCUGACCUGGGAAGAAACCUCCACUGCCAAAGCCAUGAGCAGCUGAAGCAUUGUCUGAAGUUGAAAAAGGCCUUCCAAAAGCAUCGUUAG